GCGGCGGGACAAUGCUGCGAUCAUAGUAGCCACUUGCGUUCUUUUCGCCAACCAUGCUGUCAUACACUCGCAACACUUGCAUUUUUCAACGACCAACCGGAGGUGUUAGUUCACUUCAGGACUUGCCCAGUACAGUUUUGUUCGUGAUUUGAUGGUGAUUUUGUGUUCUUUGUGCCGAUAAUACGUAGCGAUGGACCACAAGGCGGCCUUAAAGCGGGUGGGCAACCGGUUGCGCGCAACUCGCAAAGCGAACCUUGCAUUUUUGGAAGUUUGCGGCGACUACCUGUGGCACGGAUCGGACGACUGCUGGCCGGUGGAUGUGCCGUACGAAAUCGGUACUGAUGAUGCAGUGAAGCCGGAAGUGUUCGACUCGUUCGCCGAUUUUCUGGCAGCGCUGCACAACACGAAGGUGCCGUCGGAAUUCCUGGAGGAGUUUGUACUGUGCGAAAGGGCGUCCGCCGUUAUGAACGACUUCGACGCAAUGGAGUACGACCUAAGGCCGACGAUCCAGCGGGCCGGCAAGCGGCCGGAACUGCUGCAGGGCAUCGAGCGGGGCCAGUUUGUGCGAGUGGCCCGCGUGCUGCGGGAAGUUUGCCACCGUCGGCAGCUAUUCGAGCAGCUUCGCUACGAACUGAUGGAGCUAUACAUUGUGAUGAAUCACGACCCGGCCUCCACCGACGACGAUUCGGAUGAUGACGGCGAUGGCGGGGCAGCGGUGGGGCGGUCCGCGCAGCCCUCCAGGAUAGUCCAUUCGAUCGGCACAGGGAAGAAAAAAUUGUGGCUCUUUUCGCUGAAUCUGAAGAUAACGUCACUCGCGCAGGAUGUGGACUAUUUGACAAAUUUGCUGGCGUUAAUGGAGACGGGAAAGGGAACGUCCCAUUUCUCGGCCUUCUCCUUUUCGGCUAGUCCAACUUCCCUCAAAGUGUCGAGAAAAACGAUCCGACAAAGUGUUGCAAAACGGAUGAAGAUGGAGGAACAGAACAUGAACCCGGACGGCACUGCGUAGGCGAAGGAUGUUACUUGUUGCAUAUUAUAUAGAGCGUUAUCUUAUUCAUUAUUCUAACUCGUUCAUAACUUCGUUAUGAUGCGUUACCAGCCUGCCUUAACCUAACAUUGUAGAACGACGCGGGUCUAGAUUUUAACAGAUUUUCCCUUUUAAUAAACUUCGGACACGUUACAUACAUGAGGGGGCGUACAAAUUGUGUUUUCAUAUAAAUUCUGUACUACAAGCUUAGGUAAACAUACACCCAACGGCCAGUUUGAGUUUAAAACCACAUACGGUCCCGCAUUCGAGCACUCCGUCUGGCUACAAUCGAGCAGAAAUUUGUCAACAAACCAAAGCCGCUUACGGUGUGCAAGGUGCAGCUAUGGUUCUCCUCCCUCUAGCGAAGUCAGUAGCGAAAUGUUUUAGCCAAAAAGUAAGCAUCCAUGGCACGAUGGGUCCGUGGCGCUCGAUAUUCAAGAAACCUCGGGGCAAGGAUGGCUAACAGCAGCAGGAUUACAUGAGCAAGGACAUGAAAAAGAGGCUGAAAAUGGACCAGCUCGAGCGACUCGUAGGAGGAGGGGCGAGCAGUUGGCGAGGAUGGAAUUGGGCUCGAGGAUCUGGCGGUAGAGUUUAACGGCCAGCUGGGCCGGACCGUGACUGACGGUGCGGACGUGAGAUCGGAAGCGAGCGAAUCUGGAGAAGUCGGAAGCAAGCACGAGGAGUUGCUGGAGAAGGAAGACUCCAACGACCUGUCGACGGACGACGAUGCAGACGGAGCGGAGCGAUGUCCAUACAUGCUGCGCGUCGGACGUGAUCAUCGCGUUGCCGCUCGGGAUGAAGGGCGAGUAAUACCGGUACUACGACUUCUUGCAGAGCAUCGAGCUGCUCAUCGUCGAACUGGCGGAGGUACGGAGUUUGAGAAACCUGGAGUCGGAGUCAUCCAGAGAGGUCGUCAUUUGAAGUUGUCUGGAGUCGUCCGGUGUCGGCUGAAAUCGGAACCGUCCGAAGUUGGCCGAAGGCUGAAGUCGCGGUUGUCCGGAAUUUUAAAUAUGAUCUAUUUUCACUAAGACUAGUAGGUUUUGAGUCGCUUGAAGACAGCAGGAGUCGGAGUCGGAGAUGAAAUGACUGGCCACCAAAAACAUUACCCACCUACGAACGACCCUGAUCUUUAUGACUUCAGACGACUCUGGAUGACUCCGGACGGCUCCAGACGAUUCCCAAUUGCUCCGAACAAUGCUGGAACGACCUACCUUCCGGAAUUGGUUCCAAAAAUUCCAAAGUUGGAUUGUA